AUGUCUUCUAUUCUGGCAAAGGCUUCGCAGCUGAAGGCCGAAAUUCGCCUGGCUCAAGCUGUUUCCCAGUUUGAAGCAGAACUCUCGAACGACCAUAAAACUGUCUUCCGUAAUUAUAGGUCUCAAUCGCUUGAUUCCCCUCCGACUCCUGGCGAUGUCAUGCGACUCACAGCUGAGAUUGACCGCCGGCUGUCUGAAAAGGUCCGUGGUCGUUGUUUUGGACCUCGAUUCACAAAUUUCCUACAAGUGGUCCAACAAUUCGCUGCGCUCGGAGAUGUUGUAGUAGGUGGCUCCCAGAAUAUAAUCGCAUGUGGCGUCUGGUCACUAUCAAUGGGAAACUUCUUGUCGUAUCUCGAAAAGUUGUCGACACUCUUCAUGAAGAUUGGCUGUACAGCAUCACGAUACCAAAACAUGGCUCUACUCUAUCCCCGAUCGAAAAGCCUACAAUCACACCUCUUCGAAUACUUCAUCGUAGUAGUUCGUCUUUGCCAUCAGCUAUUAAAGUUUACACAGAAGUCACUCGUUCAAAAAGUUGCAUCUGCUCUAAGCGACUCAGACAUAAAAGCAUUUCAAUCAGAUCUCGAUCACUGGGCAAGUUCAAUUAAGGAGGAGAUAAGCUUGCUGAUGGCCAAGAGGAUUCAAGAAGAAGCUGAAGAGAACUCCCAAUUCAGGGCUGUAUCAAGCAAGUUCUUUAAAUCUGCGCCCUAUGAGAAAAGGCUGGCCACCAAUCUACGAGUCCUCGAUAUUUGCUCCAAGUACGAUUAUGAGACAACAUGGAAGCAAACUCGAAAGAUCGGAAACGCGAAUUUCUUCUGCCGGGACCCUAAAUACCAAGAGUGGAAAGCCCAAGUGAAAUCUUGUACACUUAUAUAUACAGGCAAGCUAGGAUCAGGCAAGUCUGUUAUGCUGGCAAAUAUUGUCGACGACCUCAGUACUCAUGUUCAAAGCAAAAAUAUUGCCGUAGCCUACUUCUUUUGCAGGCAUGACGUUCCUGAAAGCUUAAAGGCACAGACAGUGGUCCGUUCUUUAGCACGACAAUUGCUCCGUACAAUACCAGACCUUACUACGAUAGCAAAAUUCUGCGAUGAGACACGUACAGUCCUGGGUUUCGGAACAAUACUUAGAUGUCUCCGUCGCGCCUUUCCACCUGAUUACCAAGCGUACUUCGUCCUUGACGGCCUUGAUGAAUGUGACUGUUCCGAGAGAGAAAUAUUGGCUCAACAGCUCCGGGAGCUCCAGGAAGCACUUACACUGCUUCUUUGUGUCUCAUUCAGAGCAGAGCCUAAUAGUGCAUUAGAAUUGAGUUCUGGACGGUUCACGGCCGCCGAGAUUGCUUCGAUCCCUGAUGAAAAUCCCGAAAUUGAGGCAUAUAUCGAGGCGGAGUUGGAGAAUCGCCUAGUGAGCCGAGCGCUGGUGAUAGGACAACCUAGCCUAAUAUUGGAAAUACGCGAUGCUCUCUUAAAAGGAUACCAAGGGAUGUUCCUCUGGGUGGCUCUCCAAAUUCGGACUUUAUCUGCGAUAAAAACCGAUCAAGGGAUUCGGAAUGCGCUAGCAACCCUUCCCAAGGAUCUUCCAGAGACAUAUUCUCGUAUUCUACGGAGGUCGGAGGGGCCAGGAGACUCCUACCAGAUACUGAUACUACAACUCAUCAUGGCGGCCUCCCGUCCAUUAACGACAGACGAGUUUCGAGAAGCCUUAAGCGUUGUUCCUGGGGAUGCUGUCUGGAAUCCUUCCAGGCUUAUAAAUGACGUAUAUUCGACAUUAGCAUGCUGCGGGUGCCUUCUCACUGUUGAUGAAGAAGAGUCCACCGUACGGUUUGUGCACCACAGUGUUAGGCAAUUCCUCCUAUGUGGUUUUAGGGACUCAACCAACACACCAUUCACGAUUGAUGGCGCACAGAGGACCAUAGCAGAUAUUGUUAUUACCUACCUCAGUUACGGUGUCUUUGGAACUGAACUAUCCACGAUGAAAGUGCGAGAGAUGGCCAUAGGAUCAGCGCCGUCUGGAAUCAUCCGAUCUACCUUAGAUUCUUCAAGCCACGCUCAAAAUCUUGCGUUAAAGCUGUUAAGACCUAACAAGCAGGUUAGCGUUAAUAUUAGCAACAUUCUUGCAAAAGCGCGUAAGCCAUUCCAGCCGUGUUGGGUAAAUGAAUUCCACUUCUACUCUUAUGCAAAAGCAUAUUGGCUACGACACAUACUCUACGCGUCAGGGCAGAGGCCAGAUAUAUACGAUCUGCUGCUUAGGCUGUCGAAAAGAAACGUGUUGGGCGUUGCGAAUGCGACAGCUGAGGAUGUUUGGAGGCCCGUGAUUUGGGCAGUCCAGAACGGGAACGAGAUCGUGGUCAAGCUGCUGCUUGAGACAGGCAAGAUCGACAUCAAUGCAAAGAAUACUUGUGGACAAACUCUAUUCUGGAGGGCGACAUCAGGCGGGCAUGAGGUGGUAGUCAAGCUGCUGCUUGAGACGGGCAAGGUCAACGUCGAAGCAAAAGACAAUAGUGGGGGACAGACGCCACUCUGGCGGGCAGCAUCGACUGGAUACGACGCGGUGGUCAAGCUGCUGCUUGAAACGGGCAAGGUCGACGUUGACGCAAAGGACACCUAUGAACAGACGCCACUCUGA